AUGGGCACUUUGGCUGACGCUUUCUUGGAGGACCUUGAGGACCUCGAAAGAGACGAUUUUGAGGGAGAAGCGGAUACAGAAGUUGUAAAUGGAGGUGGAAAGGCUGAAAAUUACUAUUCCGAUGAGGAAUCCCCGAUAAUAGACGCGGUUGAGGAGUAUUUCAACCUUGCAGGAUCUCCAGAGAACGAUUUCUCGCCCAUGAUCAAGGAUCCGAGGAUAAAUUCGAUUGUAGAGAAAGCAAAGCUCUUGACGCUGAAGGGGGACGUUAGUGCAAGUGAAAUGGGAUUUAUAGAAGAUUGUAACAAAACAGUGUUAGAAAUCGAUAAUGAGAUUAUUAACAUCUACAACCACGUGAGGGAUAUUUACUCCAAGAGGUUCCCUAAAUUGGAGUCAAUUGUAUACUCACCACUCGACUAUAUCGCUGUUGUGAAAAGAGCUAAAACUGAAUCGGAUUUUACAAAGGUGGAUCUAACAGACUUGCUUCCAAAUACAACAAUUAUGGCAAUUACUGUGGCUAGCACAAUGUCCUCAGUAUCAUCGCUCUCUAGCCAAAUUUUAAACAAGGCAUUGAGCGCGUGUAACGAAGGGAUGUUGUUGGCAGAAUUUCGUAACGAUAUUCUGGUUUAUUUGGAGAGUAGAAUGAGUUUGUUGGCACCAAAUGUUUGCAUGAUACUUGGAAGUGCCUUGACCGCAAGAUUGAUAACGCAAGCAGGAGGCCUUGCUAGCUUGGCCAAAAUGCCAUCUCAGAAUAUAAUGCUCAUUGGCAGUGACCGAAGAGGGGUCAUAAUACCGGGAAUUAUAUACUCUUGUGAAAUUAUUCAAAAUGCCGUCCCAUCCGUUAAAAAUAGAGCAGUUAAAUUGGUCUCUGGAAAAGUUUCUCUUGCAGCAAAAGUCGAUCUUUUUAAAGAGUAUACAAACGGAGAAAUGGGACUUAAUUAUCGCAAUUUUAUUCUAAAGUCAUUACUAAAGGCCCAGGAACCUCCACCAGCUCCAAUGAAAAAGUCUCUUCCUGUACCAGAGGAGAAAAAGGGUAACAAGCGAGGUGGUAAAAGGUAUCGCAAAAUGAAGGAGAGAUAUGCAAUUGGAGAGUAUCGAAAACAGGCUAAUCGACUCAAGUUUGGUGAAGAAGCUGAGGACGAUUAUGGUCUAGAAAUGGAUGAUGGAAUGGGUAUGCUGGGUAAAUCUUCUGGACAUGGCAGAAUGAUCAUACAACCAAAACAAACCAAGAUUCAUAUCCCUAAAAAACGUCAAAUUUCAAUGCAAAGCAGUGGCGCCACAAACGGAAUGUCAUCUUCACUCAUAUUUACUCCAUUCCAAGGAAUUGAAUUGUGUAACCCAGAUGCGGCCAAAAAAGUCAGUAAGGGAACUACAAGUUCUAUUCUAGACAAUACAAGGGGAUUUUUAAAAGUUGCAAAAAAGGAAGUUUGA